AGAGCUGGGUUUUGCAGACAUGCAGCUCUAUUAAUCAGCUCUGUCCCCUCUGUGUUCCCAGGUGAGGCAGCAGUCAGUGGCUUGGGGAGACCCAGCCUUGGGGACACCCCCUCCAAACUCAGUGUGAUCUGAGCACACUGCUGGCAGGCAGACCCUUUCAAAGUCCGUGGUCUAAAAAGUUCAUUCCUGGACUUUGUUAACACAACUCUGCUUCAGAGCUGAUCUUGCGCAGGAGAGGACUGAACAGUCUGCAUUCACGAGCUCUCUCUAAGGAGAAAGUAGGAUCCCCAGGUAUCUGUAGCUGGACCAGAACGGAAGGACUGGGAGAGAAAUCAUGACCCAAGAGCGACUGUGGCAGGUCCCAGAUGCUUCGUGGGCAGAUCCUCGCACCCUCUCGGCCCUGCUCUGUGGUUCCGCUGCAGCCGUUCUGUUGCUGAAAUGGCUGGGCCAAAGGCAAAUCCAGCAGAAGAUGGAAGAGGCAAGGAGGAUGCGUGAUCUGGCCUUGGAGCGAAUGGAGAAGGCAGCUUGCAGGUUUAAGAAAGAGAACCCAAGUGCCCAGACUGCGCACGUCCUCUCGCUGCCGAUGGUGGAGCUGGUGGAGAAGCUGAAGGAGGGGUCCCUGUCCCUGGAGAGUGUCCUCUACUCCUACAUGGGCAAAGCUUUGGAGGUGACCCAGGAAGUGAACUGCGUGAUAGAUUUCAUUCAUGGUUGUGAGGAUCAGCUCCAGAAACUGAAGAAGCAGAAGGAGAAGGGGCUACUCUAUGGCAUUCCCGUCAGCAUCAAGGACCACAUUAACUGCAAGGGCCAUGUCUCUUCUGGCGGGAUGGUGAAGUUUCUGGGCCAAGUGAAGGAAGAAGACAGUGUGAUCGUCCAGGUUCUGAAGAGCCAGGGGGCAAUCCCCUUUGUGAAAACCAACAUCCCGCAGACAAUGAUAAACUAUGACUGCAGCAACCUCAUCUUCGGCCAGACACUGAAUCCUCUCAACCACAAGAAGAGCCCUGGAGGCUCUUCUGGAGGAGAGGGAGCUCUGAUUGCAGGGGGAGGCUCCAUCCUGGGCAUUGGCUCAGAUAUAGCUGGGAGCAUCCGCCUACCAUCCAGCUUCUGCGGGCUGUGUGGGCUCAAACCCACGGGCGAGAGGAUCAGCAAGCUGGGUGUGGUUUCUGCUGUCACAGGAAUGAAAUCAGUGACCGGGAUGCUGGGGCCGAUGGCAAGGGACGUGGAAAGCCUGGCCCUGUGCAUGAAGGCGCUGCUCUGCAACAAGAUGUUCCGGCUGGACCCCACUGUUCCCCCCAUCCCCUUCAACGAGGAAGUUUACUCCAGUUCAAAGCCACUUCGGAUUGGGUAUUAUGAAGGAGAUGGCUACUUCCAGCCCUCACCCAGCAUGAGACGGGCUGUCCAGCAGACCAGAAAGCUGCUCCAGGAGGCAGGACACACACUUGUUCCUUUUGCACCGCCCAAGAUUGACUACGUGGUAGAUGAGCUGUUCACUAGAGGUCUUUUCUCGGAUGGUGCUGCUCACCUGGUGGAUUGCUUCAAAGGAGACAUCGUGGAUCCCAACCUGAAAUCCCAGUUCAAUACUUACAGGCUUCCUGUUCUGGUGAAAAGGAUCUUGGCUAUCAUCUUGAAACCCGUAUAUCCACGAAUCGCUCGGGAUCUCAAUGCCCUUUGUGGAGUGGGGUCUGCCAAAAACCUCUGGAAUCAGCAUGGGGCAGUGGCGGUUUACCGCACAGAAUUCAUUGCUAAAUGGAGGAAGCUAGGGCUGGACGUGAUUCUUUGUCCUGUGCUGGGUCCAGCCUUUAACCAUGGCUACGCUGGGAAGCUAUUUGCUGCUACCUCCUAUACCAAUUUAUACAAUGUCUUAAACUUCCCUGCUGGGGUGGUGCCGGUCAGCACAGUCACGAGGGCCGAUGAAGAAGAACUGAAGCAUUACAGAGGGCACUACGGGGACCCUUGGGAUACGAGGCUAAAAGAGGCUGUGGAAGGAGCUGUGGGGCUGCCUGUGGCCGUGCAGUGCGUGGCUUUGCCAUGGCAGGAGGAGCUGUGCCUUCGGUUCAUGAAGGAGGUGGAGACACUCACCCAUGGCAUGAGGAGAAAUGUGUGAUUUCUUGGGGCCUGCCUUCGCCAUGAAGAUGGUUUUUCAUUCCCUGCCCAUCACUCCAGCUUCUGUCCACCCAAUGCACAAAGCAAGCUAUAGGCUCUAGGUAAUGAUCUGCAGACUUUGAAUCACUGUUUCCCUAAACCUGCAAUAAAUGCUGUUUUAAAACAGUCAGCAAAAUCUCA